AUGCCUGCUAGCGAAAGUUGUGGCACUACCUCAACAUCAACACCAACCAUUGAGCACAGAAAUGUGCUUAUCCCUAUCGACGCUAGUCACAACUGUGAAAGGGCAUUCUCAUGGUACCUGGAGAACUUGAAAACCGAAAAGGAUCUGAUUUUCUUUGUCCAUGUCAUCGAACCUGCUUAUUCUUCUCCUGCUGUUGGGUUAGCUAUUGAGUCACCUCCCAUUAUGAUUGAUGAUAUGACAAGAGUGAUGGAAGAAAGUGUUGUCAUAGGUAAGACGCUGGGACAAAAGUACAUGAAGAUGGCAAAGAGUGCCAAAUUGCCCUACAAAGCAUUCCUCCACAUUGACACCAAACCCGGUGCUGCUAUCGUGAGAUCUGCUACCGAUCAUAAAGCUCAUCUUAUCGUUAUCGGAUCCCGUGGACAUGGAGCGCUCAGGAGAACCUUCUUGGGUAGUGUUUCGGACUAUGUUGUUCACCACUCUCAUAUCCCGGUUGCUGUUAUUCCUCCAAUGCAUCCUGCACCUCAUGAACACAAAGAUCAUUGA